GCUCAGGACCUGAUUUGCAUCGAUAGCAUCUGCACUUCCGCGUCUUUUUUAUUCUCUUUAUUUUUUUGCCAUUAUUAAAGUUACUGGCCACGUCCCAAACCGCACACGUACUUAAUAGUAUGUCACUACUGGUCAGCUUAAUGGUGACACACUGUAUAGUUCUUUAGUAUCGGCUGGUAUAUGGGAGGUAACUUCUAAAGUUUACUUCCUUGUGUGAAUUGAGGAACUGAGAAGUUUUGCUGAACCAAAGCAGAUAGAAGAGAAAACCCGUUUUUAUUUGGAUUGAACCUGUAACUUUUUUUCCUGGAAUUUAAAAUGUGCAUUUGUGCCUUGAGGAGGAUUUCGACGUGAGCUGAAUUUCUUUCCCUUCGACUCUGUGUGUGCCAGAAGCCAAGAUGGCAGGGCGACACGGAGACCUGAUGGAGUAUCAGAAAAGUCUGAUAAAGCGCUACCUCGAAAGUGGCAUCAUAAUGACUGUGUACAGGCAGAAAAUGGAGAGACUCAGUGUACAGGUCAUUAUGGAGACCAAGCAGGUGGCAUGGACACGUGUUGCUGGCAAAACAGAUGGAGUGUUGGAUCUAUCAGAGAUCCGUGAGGUACGACAAGGAAAAAACUCCAAAGACUUUGAAAGAUUUAAGGACAGCAAGGACAAGCAUGCCGACAACACGUGUUUUACAAUUUUCUACGGCUCCCAGUUUGUCCUUAAUACCCUGAGCUUGGGGGUGGACUCAGUAGAAGAUGCAGACAAAUGGCUAAGAGGACUAGAGCUGCUUAGAGAAGAGACACUGAUGGCUUAUACACCAGAAAUUAUAGAAAGUUGGCUGCGGAAGCAGAUGUAUUCUAUCGAUCAGACUAAAAAAAACAGCAUCACCAAUAAGGAAGUCAAGUCUCUUUUGAAUCAGAGCAACUUUAAAGUACCUGGAGGACGAUUUCUGAAGGAUAAAUUCUUGGCUGUUGGAGGGAAGAAAGACACCCUUGACUUUGAGCAGUUUCACAAGUUCUACAAUGAAUUAAUGUUUGAUGCCCAGAAGAAUAUAUUGGAUGAGUUUAAAAGGGAGUCCUGUGCCUUCAUCAUGGGGAACACAGAUAGGCCAGAUUCCUCUGCGGUCCUCCUUUAUGACUUCCAACGAUUCCUUCUCUAUCAGCAAAAAGAAACUUGGGCCAACAACACAAAUCAGGUGCGAGAGCUGAUGACAAUUUUCAUCGAUGACACCAUGAGAAAGACAAAUGAUCCAGAGUUCACAGUCGGGGAGUUCCUCAGCUUUCUGUUCUCCAAAGAGAACUCAAUUUGGGACGAGAAGUUCUCAGAAUUGUCUAGUUUGGACAUGAACAACCCUUUGUCUCACUACUGGAUCAACUCAUCUCACAACACCUAUCUGACUGGUGACCAACUACGUAGCGAAUCUUCUACAGAGGCCUAUGUGCGCUGCUUGAGACUGGGCUGCCGCUGCAUUGAGUUGGACUGCUGGAGUGGGCCAGAUGAGCCAAUCAUUUACCACGGGUGGACAAGAACAACCAAGAUUAAGUUUAAAGACGUGGUUAAAGCUAUCAACGAUCAUGCCUUCGUAACAUCUGAGUAUCCAGUGGUGCUGUCUAUAGAAGAGCACUGUGACGUGAAGCAACAGAAAAUGAUGGCGCAGUACUUCAGAGAUGUGUUCCAGGACAAGCUGCUCACUGAACCUGUGGAGCUUGAAGCGGAGCAGCUGCCCUCACCCAACCAGCUCAAGGGCAAGAUCAUUAUCAAGCAUAAAAAGCUGAAUAUUGGUGAAACCUUUGGAAUGAAAGAUCUGUCCAGAGGAGAAAAACAGGGAGAACUUUCCAUUUGGGACCCGAUAGAUGAGCGAUGGUAUAAGCACUACUGUGUGAUCUCCAAAAGCAAACUGUACUAUGCAGAAGAGAAUGAGCCAGAUGAGGAAGCUUGGAAGGGUAUAAGCAGUGUGGAUUUGCACCGGUCAGAGCCCUGGUUUCAUGGGCGUCUUGCUGAGGGCAGGCAGACCGCUGAAAGACUGCUGCAGGAAUUCUGUGCUGAGUUUGGAGGCAGAGAUGGAACUUUUCUCGUGCGAGAAAGCGACACUUUCCUUACUGACUGCACAUUGUCUUUCUGGCGGAGUGGGAGAGUGCAGCACUGCCGGAUCCGCUCCGCCUCAGAUGGGGGCCACAUUGUAUACUUUCUGACGGAGAACCUGCACUUCCCCAGCGUGUAUGCUCUGAUCCAGCACUACAGAGAGAACCCUCUUCGUUGCCAUGACUUCAACUUGCGCCUCACUGACUUCGUGCCACGGCCCAACAUGCAUCUUAACGAGGGGUGGUUUUACAGUAACAUGAGUCGAGGUGAGGCAGAAGACAACCUCUUGAGGAUCCCUCGAGAUGGAGCCUUCCUCAUAAGGCAGAGGGAAGAGCCUGAUUCUUAUGCUAUUACUUUCAGAGGUGAAGGCAUGGUCAAGCACUGUCGCAUUCACAAAGAAGGAUCCCUGUACGUGUUGGGUUCCACUAGCGAGUUUGAGAGCCUGGUGGAGCUGGUCAGCUACUUCCGCAAGAAACCUCUUUACCGCAAGACCAAACUGCGCUACCCGGUGACACCAGAGCUAGUGGAACGCUUCAGCAUGACGGACAAAUGUGCUUCGAUUUACGACAGCAAGCAGUACGUGGAGGCCAAUGAAAUUGAACCAUCGCCGCCUCAGAGUACAGUGAAAGCUCUUUAUGAUUACCGGGCCAUGCGGACAGACGAGCUGAGCUUCUGCAAGGGCGCACUGAUUUACAACGUUACCAAAGAGAGCAGUGGAUGGUGGAAAGGUGAUUAUGGUGGGAAAGUACAGCUCUAUUUUCCAUCAAACUACGUGGAAGAGGUGGCAAACUCUGCCAUCGCUGAGCAGAAGGACCUGGCUGAUGAAGAUAAUCCAUUGGGUGACUUGUGUAAAGGUGUAGUGGAUAUUUCCAGGUGCAACGUUGUGCGUUCGGCCCAACACGGCAAGCCUGUGGUAGUGACACUGCAGAACAAGGACAGUAAAGAAAGCACAAUGCCAUUCCACUUGGCCACAGACACCACAGAGGAGCUGUACGAAUGGUACAAGGUGGCCUGGGACAUCACUCAGAGAGAGGGUACUCGUGAGUAUGAGCAAAAGGAGCAGGAGAAGGUGGAGAUCAGAGAUGAAGUGGCCAAAGAAAUGUCUGAUCUGGUGGUGUACUGUCAGCCACGCAGCAAAGACAAGGAUCGUUUUGACAACUACAGCUAUAAAGAGGUUCGCUCCUUUGUGGAGACCAAGGUUCCCAGCAAGAGCAGGUCAAGUGAAUUCCUGAUGUAUAACCGCAGAGCCCUGAGCCGCAUCUACCCCAAAGGCCAGCGGGUGGAUUCCUCCAACUAUGACCCCUUUUUCCUAUGGAUGUGUGGCUGCCAAAUGGUAGCUCUCAACUUCCAAACUGCUGAUAAGUUUACUCAGCUCAACAGCGCCCUCUUCAGUCUGAACGGAGGCACGGGAUUUGUACUGCAGCCUGAGCUCAUGCGUUCAGACGCUUAUGACCCUCUGCAGGAGAAGAAAACUGUCAAAUUCACCCUCUGUGUCAGGGUGUUAGCUGCCAGACAUCUGCCCAAGACAGGCCGCAGUAUCUCUAACCCCUUCGUGGAGAUCGAGCUGUGUGGCCAGACCGACGACACCUCCAAGUUCAAGACCACAGUCUGCCAUGAUAACGGAUUGAACCCUGUGUGGCUCGGACCUCACCGGCAGGACGCAGAGACCAUCACCUUCACCGUAUAUGAACCAGAGCUGAGCUUCCUGCGCUUUGUAGUGUUUGAGGAGGACAUGUUCUCAGACCCCAAUUUUCUCGCUCAGGCUACUUUUCCAGUGAAGGGCAUUCGCACAGGAUAUCGCUCAGUUCCUCUGAAGAAUGGCUACAAUGAGAACCUAGAUCUUGCUUCUCUUCUGGUGUAUGUGGACAUUCAGCAGGUAGAGAAAGCAGAAGAGGAGCUAUAUUCUUCCUCCACCCAACUGCGGAAAAGACAAGCUGAACUGUGCAGCGAGCUCUUCUUGUAUGACACGCACUCUGGCCUCCAGCGUGCCGCUGUCACGAAUAGCCACGAUGUCCUAUUGCAGGAGUUCCAAUCGAAUGAAAGUCAGCUCCAGAAGAUCAACGAAGUAUGCAAGCAGAAGAUGAAAGAGAAAAAGAUCAACAACAGCAAGUUCUACUCGUGAAGAAGUGCUCAAAACAUCCCUAACCCACUACCCUUCCAUACGACUUCUAUUUAUAAAGCUCCCUCUUCCUGGCUCAGCUGCUCCUCUGCUUAAACUCACAGCACAGGCAGAUGAAAGCCUUCGAGAUGGGAGCUAUGACAGUUUUGCUUUCCAGGGAGGAAAGUUCAGGGGUGAGAACGCUGUCAGGUGCUCCAUGACACUGACCAUCGACUUCAGCACAACAUCCUUUACUGUGAAGAGCUGGGACUGUGGUGACCCCUUUUUCAUGAAGAAAAGCAGUUUGGCUGAACAGCAUUAAACUACAACUCCUAUCUGUUUGCAGUGUAAUAAAAAUGUGUGGUUCAUUUACUGCCACUUGUCUUAUGAGAUAAUAAUAAAAAGGGCUAAGCUGAAGAAUUAA